AUGAAGACUACAUUUUUCGCUUUGGUCGGAGCCGUUUUUGCCACCGUGGCUCUGGCCGGCAAGACGACAUCCAUCUGCAUGAGUGUUUACAACAAGCAACUCACGGAUAGUACAAUUUGCACCAAAGCGGGCGCCGAAUAUUUGGGCAAUGGAAUCUGUUGCAUCGACUCUUCUAAAGCUAUACAAAAGGCAACCUACGAAAGUAAUUGCGACGAACAGUCGGGUACCGUCAAAGAUACCGGCAAUGCAUGUUCAUGA